AGUGUGUAUUUUCAUUGAGUCCAUGAGGACGGACGAGAAGGUCGCAGGUGCGCGUCUGGUCCGCUUUCAGGACGUCAGAAGAUCACCAGGUGCGCAUGCGUCCGUCACAGUGUGAAACGGAUUGGCACACGCUUGAUAAAACAGUUGAUCUCCGUCUGUUUUGAUAUAUUUUGUGGUAUUUUACGUAGGUUUAAAACAUACAAUUCAUGUAGGUUUACGGUAUUAAUGUUAUAUUCAGACAUGUAGCUCUAAAACGGACAAAAUGUUGAUUUUUUUCCCCCUGGCGACCGCGGACUUCUUAGGGGGACCUGUUGAUUCUACGGUGUAGCCCACCGAAGCAGCAAUGGAGGUAUCCGAUGGUGAACGGUGACCGGCACACAUGAACACUCUCAACCAUCUAGUGAAGACCUACAUCCAAGCAAAGAUGGACGCCAUGGAUACACAGCGGGCCUUGGAGGCUGUGGAGAGACUCCAGACCAAGCUGAAAGACAGAGGAGAGGCUCCUACAGAGGAGAAGUUAUCACUACUGAAGACCGUUCUACAGAGCCCUCUGUUCCUUCAGAUACUAACCAUGCAACAGACACAGCUACAGCUACCAGAGGAGAAGAGGUCAGUACCGAAGUCUGUUUCCCUCAACACGGGUCUGUCCACGGCCAUGUCUCUGGGCCUGAGGACCCUCUCCCAUAGCGACUCCUAUACCUGGGCCCAGAACAACAGCAGCAGCAGUAUGCUGAUCUAG